AGGCUCCUCCUUCCGUCGGCGGAACUCAGUUCGGGGUCCCUGUGUCCCGGGCUACCGUGAGUGGGGGCGGGAGCGCAGCCGGCCGAGGAGGCUCAGAAGGGGAAGGGGACAUUGGGAAGCCACGGGCUGGUGGAGCCGGAGGCCGCCACCUCGGAGCGGGCCGCGCCUGCGCAGUGACUUGUGAGUGCUGGGCCUAGCCACGCCACGCCCCCUCCGCGGGCCCGCCCUCCCAUUGGUCACUCUAGCAGGGCCAGGCGCAGGAGCCAAUCAGCGGCGGAGGAGAAGGAAGGCAUGGCUCCCACGUCCCACCUGAGAGCCAAGCCCCGCCAGGGGUCACUGACCUUCCAGGACGUGGCCGUGGACUUCACCUGGGAGGAGUGGGGGCAGCUGGGCCCCACCCAGAAGGAGCUGUACCGGGAGGUGAUGCUGGAGAACUACGGGAACCUGGUCUGCGUGGCAGGACUUGCGGGAUCCAAACCAGAUGUGAUCUGCCGGCUGGAGCAAGGGGAGGCACCGUGGAGGCCCGGGGAAGGCUUCUCCGGAAGCGGCCGUCCAGAUUGGGAAACUAGACUUGAAAACAAAGAGUUAAGUUCCUCACUGGACGAAUUUAUAGAAGAAUCUUCCAGGGAAAAACUCAAAGUAGACAGUCCUUGUGUCUUAAAUUUGAGAGAAGCCUGGGAAUGUGAUACCAACUUAAAGAGCCUACAGAAUCAUGAGGAGAAACAUUCUAACAAAGUAAAAAUCACCCAGAGGAAGCGGCGAAGCAAAGUGAAAAACCGUGAAUAUACUAAGAACGGUAGAAGCUUCGGUGUAGAAUCAGUCCUUUCAGAAUUGAUUGUUCCUAAGGAUAAUGAAAACGGGAAAUCAUUUAGUAAUCAUCCAGACCUUAUGGAAAAUCAGAGAUUACACACUGAUGAGAAACCAUAUGAGUGUAAUGAAUGUGGGAAAACUUUCCUUUGGUCAACAGAACUUACCCACCACCAGAGAAUUCAUACUGAAGAGAAACCUUUUGAGUGUAAAGGCUGUGGGAAGGCAUUCCGCUGGAAUUCACAGCUUAUUCUACAUGAGGGAAUCCACAGUGGAGAAAAACCUUUUGAAUGUGAAGAAUGUGGAAAGGCCUUCCGACUGAGGUCACAGCUUACUUUACACCAGCGAAUCCAUACAGGAGAGAAACCUUUUGUAUGCAACAAAUGUGGGAAAGCAUACAGGCUGAGCUCACAACUUACUCUACACCAGAGAAUUCAUACUGGAGAAAAGCCUUUUAAAUGUAAAGAAUGUGGGAAGGCUUUUCACCUAAGUGGACGGCUUACAGUACACCAGAGAAUUCAUACUGGAGAGAAACCUUAUGGAUGUAAUGAAUGCGGGAAGGCCUUCCUCAUGAGGUCACAGCUUAUUGCACACCAGAGAAUUCACACUGGAGAGAAACCUUAUGAAUGUAAUGAAUGUGGGAAGCUCUUCCGCCUGAGUGGACAACUUACCGUACACCAGAGAAUCCAUACUGGAGAGAAACCCUGUGAAUGUAAGGAAUGUGGGAAGUCCUUCCGCCUGCAGUCACAGCUGACCGUCCACCAGAGAAUCCAUACUGGGGAGAAGCCUUAUGAAUGUAACGAAUGUGGGAGGGCCUUCCGCCGGAACUUAGAGCUGACUUUACACCAGAUACUUCAUACUGGAGAAAAACCUUAUAAAUGUGAUGAAUGUGGAAAGGCGUUUGGCCACAGGACAAAACUUACUGUCCACCAGAGAAUUCAUACUGGAGAGAAACGUUAUGAAUGUAAUGAAUGUGGGAAGGCCUUUUACCAGAGUGGACAGCUGACUUUACACCAGAGAAUUCAUACUGGAGAGAAACCUUGUGAAUGCAAAGAAUGUGGGAAGGCCUUCCGUCUGCAGUCACAGCUUACCGUACACCAGAGAAUCCAUACUGGGGAGAAACCUUUUGAAUGUAAUGAAUGUGGGAAGUCCUUUCAGUGGAGGUCUCUAAUUAUAGUACAUCAGAGAAUUCAUACGGGAGAGAAACCUUUUGAAUGUACUGAAUGUGGGAAAGCCUUCCGACUACAGUCACAGCUUACUUCACACCAGAGAAUCCAUACUGGAGAGAAACCAUAUGAAUGUAAUGAAUGUGGGAAGGACUUUCAGUGGAGGUCUCUGCUUGCAGUCCAUCAGAGAAUUCAUACAGGAGAGAAACCUUUUAAAUGUAAUGAAUGUGGGAAAGCCUUUCGCCUCAGUGGACAGCUUACUUCACACCAGAAGGUUCAUACUGGAAAGAAUCCUUAUGAAUGUAAUGAAUGUGGGAAGACCUUUUGCAGGAGAUCCCAUCUUAUUGGACAUAAGAGAUAUCAUAGUAGAGAGAAACUAUAUGAAUGUGAUGGAUGGGGAAAAGCUUUUUGAUAUAGUCUAGGACUAUAGCUGAUCAGAGAAUCCAUAUUGGAGAGAAAACUUAUGAAUAUAAAGUGGAAGGGCUUUUGCAUGAACUCUGGGCUUUGUGAUCAUCAGAUAAUUCUUACUAGAGAAAAGCCUUGAGAUUGUAAAGAAUGUGAAAAGUCUUUCCACGGAAGAUCCCAUCUUAUUGUACAUCAAAGAAUUUAUAAUGAAGAAACCAUGAAAAUGAAAUUAAUAUGAGAAAGGCUUUUUGUCAGUGCACAAACUUUGCUCAGUAUCAUAUGAUACAUAGCAAUGUAAUCAAUGUAGGAAAUCUUUCCAUCUAAAAAACUGACUUACUGGUCAUUAGAGAACCAUAUUUCAUCAAAAGCUUAGAAGAAUAAUAAAUAUGCAUACACUUUUUUUGGAGCAUGAUGUUUACUGCACAUCAGAUAAUUCAUCCUGGAGAUAAAACUUAUAAAUGUGUUGAGUGUGGGGUUAUGCCUUUCUUUGGAGCAUAUAAUUUAAUCAUCAAAGAAAUAGUGGAGAGAUUGGUAAUAUUUGAAGGGAAAAUAUCUUUCAGAGCAUCCACCUUAUCAGGCUGUUCAUACUUUUGAGAAAACCCACAUGAAUAACAAAUAUAAAAAUCCGUCAGCCAGAAUACUGCUUUAGGAUUUGAGCAAUCUUGUAAUCUUUCAGCUUCCAAGAAUGAGAAGGCAAUAGUCCUUUUACAUUGUGCCUUGGUUGGACCAUAUCUGGAGUAUUGGGUUCUGCUAGGGGCAUCACAAUUUAGGAAGGACAUUGAAAAUGUGGAAAACAUUUUAAAUAUGACAAGGCUCAGUAGAAGGAUCUGAGAAUGGUUAGUGUGGAGAAGAGAAGACUUGUGGCAUGUUAGCUCUGUGGAAGAGGGAUUACGUUUGCUCUGUCUCCAGAGGGGCAGAACCAGGAAAAACCAGUGAAAAUGGCACAGAGGCAAGGUCCAGAAUAUCAAGAGAAUUAAUGAAGAGAAAUAGGGGCGAGGAGGAAUAUAGCACCUCAUACCUCAAAGUAUAUUAUAAAAGUUGCAGUCAUCAAAACUGUCUUGUAAUGGUUAAGAGAAAAGAUUCAUGGGUAAGGGAAGAAUUUGUGAUGGAAAAAGAGCAUUAUAGGAAGUAAAAUGGGUAAUUUUUUUUUAUUACAUUGAGUUAAAAAGGCUUUGCACAAACAAAUCCAAUGCAGUCAUGACUAGAAAGAAAGCGUAAAACUGGGAAAUACUUUCAUAGCAAGUUUCUCUGAUAACGGUUGCAUUUCUCCAGAAUAUGAAGAACUGAGUCAGAUCUGUGAGAAUAUGAGCCACCUCCCAAUUGGUUGCUGUUUUUCUGUCCUUCAUUCUUGAAGAGGACCAAUGGUGUCAUGAGGGUGAUGUCUCAGCACGCUCAUGAAUUGGAUUUAAGUGAGGCAGGAUUGUGCAGAGGCAUCAGCCUCACUCCCAUCCAGGGAAAAGAAUAUUUGAGAUGACUUGGUGAGGGCCUGGGAUGUGGGAGUGACCUUGGCCUUUUUAAAUUAAAGUCUUUCCCAGGUCUCGGUUUGUCUGCUCUGAUUGAGCAAUGGUCAAAAGAUAUGAACAGGCAGUUUUCAGAAGAAGAAAUCAAAGCUAUCUAUAGUUACAUGAAAAAAUGCUC